AUGUCCUCGAUCUCCCUCUCCGACCUGCAAUAUAUAUCGCGCGAAGCGCUCUCAAGUCAAUUCCAAGCCACUCAAAGCCUACCUCCCAAGACGGCAAUAAUAGACGUGCGCGACAGCGACCAUAUCGGCGGGCACAUUCGCGGGUCGACGUGGGUCCCGAGUUCACAGCUGGACUACAAGACGGCGGAGCUGGUGCGCGAGCUGCGAGACAAGGAGGUCGUGGUGUUUCAUUGUGCGUUGAGUCAGCAGCGCGGGCCGAGUGCGGCGCUCAGGUAUCUCCGCGAAAAGGCACGGCUGGAUGGCGGGCCUGCGGCAGGGGAGGAGAGUGGAGAUGAUAAGAGGGGGGGGAGGCAGAGAGUGUAUGUGCUCAAGGGCGGGUUCACGGAGUGGCAGGAGAAGUAUGGAGAGGAUAAGACGUUUACGGAGGGGUAUCAGAAGGAUAUCUGGGAGUUUGGAUAUUGA